AUAAUUUUGCAUUUCCGGGAGGUGAACUGUUGGUAAACAAAACAGUUCUCCUCCCUGUCUGCUUGUGCACACUGCUUUGCAUGGCUGUGCACAGCACAGCCAUGCAAAGCAGUGUGAUUACAGUGAAGCACAUGGACAAAGCACAGUGUAAAACAGCACAAAGAACACAGUUAACCCUUUGAUCACCCCUCAUGUUAACCUCUUCCUGCCCAGUGCCAUUAGUACAGUGUCAGUGCUUUUUUUUAGCACUGAUCACUGUAUUGGUGUCACUGGGGAUGUCAGGGACAUCAAGUCAGUUCCCCCCCAGUGUCAGAAUGCCCACCGCAGUCCCACUAUAA